AUGAGGAUUCUAGCAGUACUAUGGACGGUAUGUCUACUGGGACUCUGUCAUUGCAAAGGCUCCAGAGUUCCCGGCGACAGACCCUUUAUCGAGGUUCUAGACGACUACACCGAGGAUGAAAUUGUAAACGACCAUCCCACAAAAGAGACAAGGAAAGGUGGAUCUAACGGCAAAAGACAAGUAUGGGACAUGGCUAAUGGGACUGUCUAUGAAGGAGGUUAUAAUGAAGCAUCUAGCGAGAAUCUUAGGAGUUCACCUCAACAGCCCGUAGAGUCUCCUCGACCUACUCCUGAUACUGCUUCUACUCCUAGUAAAGAAUCUUCAGUUACUGAGUCAGCUGGAAAAGAUGGAGGCGUCCCAUCUUUAGAAUCGGAUCCUGGUACCAUUGAUGUAAACCAUCCAGAUUCAUCCCUUUGUGAUUCUUUUGACUAUUAUUAUGAUGAUAGCUUAACUAGGCUUAUCGCUCCUCUUUCUGGAAAGUCAAUAGAAAAACUAAAAGAUGAUACGAAAAAAAUAUGGUCAUUAGGAAGUGGAGAGAUAUUGCAACAUGCCAAGGUAUAUCUUAAUAAGGAUAAGAAAGCAGAAGUAAUGUUUGUUGUGGUGAAAAAUUCUUCUGGAAUAACACGAACAUAUUAUGUAAAGAAUGAUAUCGGUUGGGUAGAAACUUUACUUCCAUUUCCUGACAGGAUCAAUGAAAUUAAGGCCAAGGCAACAAACGUCACCAUUGACAUUGGAAAUGAAAAGGAUACCGAACAAUGUCAUCUAAUUUCAACUGAACUGCUCGGUCUAAAGGUAAAAAUGUUUAUUCCUGGAUUUGGUUAUCAUGCCAAGGAAGUUAAGGAUGGUGAUAAGUCCCUUUGGAAGGCCGCUGAAAAUAGUGGUGAGAGGUGCUUAUCCUGUGACAUUUACACCAAAGAGAAUAACAGCCCACUUCUUCUUAUAACGAUCAAGGAUAAGGAAUUCAAGUCUGAAUAUUUUGAGAAGGGAGAAGGGGGAUGGAAAAGUACAACAAAAGAAGAGUUUGGUAAGAAAAAGAAUGCCAUGCAAACCGCCUGA